UUGUUUUAUUUCCAUCUUACAGAAUGAUUUUUAUUUACAGAAUAUGAACAGUGUAAAUGUGCAUUAGUAUAAAGCGCACGCGCUCUGGUUCUGCUUCUCACACAUUUCAUGCGCAAUUCCCCAAAUGCACGAUAUUAAUAAGCAAGUAAUAACUAAUAAUAACUAUAACUGGCUCUGUUUGAACCCAAGCGCUUUUGUGAAUCGGUGCAUUUCUGCAGUGAGUGAUCAUCAUCUUCCUCAUCCUCAUCUUCAUCCUCUCUGACGCACACCGAGGAGGAAUCCCACCGCUCGCGUCACCAGCGCCAGUGGGCGUGUCUUCAGCGCCAGUGGGCGUGUCUUCACCCCGAGUUUCAUUCAUAAACUCUGCUGCCGUUCGGAUGAAUGUAACGCGCACUGGAGCUCGUGCCAUUGGUGAGCGCUUAUAACAGCAUGCAUUACGGAUAGGCGUCACACACACGCUUUUGGACCAUGAGUGAUGAGUCUCCAUUACAGACCCGCCUCACCACUGACGUUCCUCUGGUGUCGGGCUCUCAGGAGAACUACGUGCUUCUGAUGGUGAUGGUGUGUGUGUUCGCCGGCGGGACGCUGAUGGUUCUGUCCGUUCUUCUGGUCUUCUGUCAUCGAUGCUGUCGAGGAGAACGACGAUACUCCAGAGCCAGUGAUGACCUGGAGAAAACCAACACUACAUACGUGGAGGAGAGUCAGCCGGCUCAAGACAUCACCAUCAGACUCGAGAGCGGGGAUUCGCUGUCCACUUCCGGUUGUCAUGGCGAUACGAACACGGAUCACUUCCUGUCCGCGUCCCUCACCGGGCGACGGGUCUCUUUCAACGAGGCCGCCAUCUUUGACCAGAGCGCCAAAGACCAGGAGAAAGGUCGAAGGUACACACUCACAGAAGGAGACUUCCAUCACCUAAAGAAAGCUCGUCUCACACACCUGCACAUCCCGGCGCCGGCGCUGAAGAUCCUCACCAUCAUGGAGUGCGAUUCCCCGGAGAACAGCGUGACGGUCACCGAACAGCCCUCGACACACCCGUCUCUCUCCAUAUUCCAGCCCGCUGAGGGCCCCGUGCCGGAGGCUCCAGGAUUGUGGAUCAGUCAAAGCCCCAGCUGUGCUCUUCCCGGAGACACACUGAACUCCACCCUGACCACCAGCGCUGAACACCCCGGCAGACCUCCCCGAUCACACACCGUUGAGGUGAUGAGCAGAAGCCUGCUGAUGGACAGAGAUGUCACUUCCUGUCCAGCUCAGGGAACCAUGUUCCACUUCCUGUCUAAGCUCAGACGCCACGCCAGCCUGGAGGGAGCGGGUCCGUUCUUCAGCGUCAAGAAAUGGAGACUCGACACCAUCCAGAGAGCAGCGAGUCUUGAUAUGAGAGGUUCUCCACGGAGACGUGUGUUUCAGAGGCAGCGGGCGGCCAGUGAGACUCUGGACCAGGGAGAGGAAAACUUCCAGGGUGGAGUUGAUGACUUUCUGUUGCAAAACCCACAGAUGGAGCCGCCCAGACGCCUCUCGGCCGGUUCUCUGGACGCCAAUGCAGGAGCUCCUCAGGCCCUCAGCAGGUUAGAGAUAGAGGCUGUAAUGGAGCUCAAACACAACACAGAUGCAGUGCCCAAAGACACGACUCCUGCGUUCCCCUGCUCCCAGGAGAUGGAGGAGAUGAUGGCAGGAGCUUCAGGAGAGUUCGGUCAUCAGGAGAGUCUAGAUCAGCCCAGCUUAUACCGGGACAUCUGGAGUUUGAGAGCUUCGCUGGAACAGUACGCCUCCUCGGACCUGAGCAGUAACGACAGAGACUCCACUCGCAGCGACGCGGAGAGCGUUUGUUCAGCGGGAGCGUCAAGAUCAGGCGCCCCCAAUUACCAGUCGCAAGACAUCGAUGACGACAUGGAUGGGGACGGCGAGCUGCCGUACGACGACGUGGUCCGGGACGCCGGGUCGAGGAGAAACAGACGGGACAGUGUAGAUUCUGAAGGAGAGACGAACAACCGGAAGCUCCUGCAAAUGGACAGCGGAUACGCCUCAAUCGAGGCUCCCUGCAAGGCUCCCGAGGAACUUAGGCUUUUCGGAAGUAGCUCUGCGAAGACCGCAUCCGAACGCAGGCGCUUUUUCACCAAUUCUGGCCGCAAAGGCACGGUUUGCGAGAGUUUCGAGGCACGGCUCUUUAAAGAGGAGCUGGAAGACGAGGCGAAAGCUUCCCAAGAAACGCAACCCCGGCCUCGCUUCCGCCGACGAGACUACAGCAUCGAUGAGAAGACCGAGGCGCUGUUCAACGAAUUCCUACGGCAUGAUCCUCAGUUCGACCAGCAGGGGUCCCCCUCGUUACGGCACCGUCACCGGUCCCGUAUUCAUCUCCGGAAGCAAUGGCAGCGUAGCAAACAAUACAGCGAUCCUGGAACCGUCCGAUACUCGCCAUCCCUGGAGCGACAGCGCUGCUAUCCGCUACGCCGAGGCGACAGCGCUAACUACCCCUUGGACACGCGCUAUCAUAGCACCUUGCCUCGCAUCGCUAGCGCGGCGGAUGAGGAGGGAAGCGAAGGAGCGGCGGGUACGGAAUCGCCCGAGCCGGAAACAGUCGGAGGUGCUGGUCCACCCUCCGGUGCUGGAAGUUCAGGUCCAGAUCUGGAGGAAAACGCGAACAACAGCAGCAACAACACAAGCCGGCAUUUCUUUACAUCACAACCGCUGGAAAACAGUGCGAGGGACUGUGGGAUACUGGAGGACUUUGCUAAUCCCGCAGACUCGCAUAAACAUUCACAGAUGGAGGUCGUGGACCGAGACGGGCCGCCGUUGAUGAACACACUUUCGUCUCAUUUGCAUUCCCAUACAGAUACUCGCGUGCCCGAUUCGGACUACAAGCAUCACACCUACACUGACACAAGUCCGUCAGACAAACUGGCCUCCAUGCUGGAUGAUCGGAUAUACUCUGAUCUGAGGACUCAAAGAGGAGGUCAGGAAUGUGUCGUGAACGUAAGCCGCACCUCAACGGAUCUCGAAGAAUAAAGUGCUGGCUACGCCAAGAAUGAUAACUAUAACCAUAUAGUCGCUAUAACUCUAGGAGAAUAGCAGUCACACCACAACUGUAACGCUAACGACACAGAGGAACAAUAUUGCUGGAAUCUCUUUUUGAACAUUGAUAAACAUUGACAGCCAAUCAGACUUUAAAGAGCUCGAGCAUACGACAAAACCGCAGCAUGCACUUGUAUUUAACAGAAUGAUAUUGUCUGCUGGUGGGGAUGCCCAUAUAGUCAUCGUUCUAGUUUAGGUCAAGUUUUCAUGAACUCCUUUUCCAGGGCGCUGGGCUACUAGCGUCAUCAUCGCGUCAAGAACAACUCCUCAAGCUAACGUCACGGAUGCACAACAAAACUAAAAUAUAAUUAGCAUUCUUCGCAUUGCACAAUGGCCCCCCAUUUGGAAUUUUAUUUGUUCAAAUAACUAAUUUAAUAAAUUGUGUUAAAAGAUGUUUUUAAAAAGAAUGGUAAAAGACUGUGAUAGCUUGCGGACGGGUUGUGUAGUAACGCUUGUCGUUCGGUGCCGGUUCUGAGGAACAAGAGCAAGCCUCAUAUUGAGACAAGCGACAAUAGUGCUGCAGAUUAGCAAAACAAUCGUUCACUUUGGUAUACAAGCAUGAAAUUUGGCACAGAUACUCUUUGAGGGCCACUAUUUUGGAAAAAAGGCAUUGGUCCCUCAAAAAAUUCAAUAAGGUAGCCAUUUUUCAAGAUGGCCGCCAUUGGUAUUCAAUCCCAGAUAGCAAACUGACAUUGAAUCAACGUGGAAAUAUGACAUCGAAACAACGUUGAUCUGACAUUGUUU